CUUCUUCUCUCUCUCAUAUGUGGAAUAUAACUCUAUCCCCACACCAAAAUCAACUCUACUAUCUCUGUCACACAUGGAAGGUCCAUAGUUCUUCUCUCCGUUGUACGAAUUUCUCCUGCAAAUCUCUCCUUUUAGCUGCUCUGCUGCUAAUUUACUGUUUUACUGAGUUUAUAACUAGACUACCGCAUAAAUCUUGAUGUCUGCGCCUCUGCUCGGUGUUGGUGGGGACGAGUACCAAAGCAACAUUACCUUGCUGGAUUCUUCCUCCUUAGAAAGUGUCUGCCAAAAUGGAUCAGAACUCAAGGAGCGUAACUACAUGGGGUUAUCUGACUGUUCAUCCGUUGAUAGCUCGCCAUUAUCCAACACGCCAGAAUACAGUCCGAGUGGUCUCAACUUAAAGGCCACAGAACUAAGGCUUGGGCCCCCGGGAUCCCUGUCUCUGGGGAGGCAUUCAGAGCAUUGUCCCGUGAGUUCUGCUGCAAUCGAUGAGAAGCUGCUGUUUCCUCUUCAUCCCUUGAAGUCACUUGUUACAGGAAACAAAAGAGGGUUUUCUGAUGCUAUGAAUGGAACCUCAGAGGGGAAGCAUCUCUCUGCUUCGGAAGUUGAUGCUGUGCUCUCUCCUAGGCAUUCCUUGAACCCCAUUAUCAAAGCUUCAAAAGAAGUCUCUCCAACACAACCAACUAAGGUGAAAGAUGCGGUAUACCAAGGUGCUGCGCUAGAGAUGCCUCAUGCUCCUACUGAGAGCCGCCCGGGUCAUUUUGCUGCUGCAAAUAAUAACUAUGCUAGUGCCCCUGCUACCAAGGCACAAGUUGUUGGUUGGCCACCUGUCAGACAGUUCAGAAAAAAUACUCUGGCAUCGACCUCAAAGAACAAUGAAGAGGUAGAUGGUAAGGCAUCAACUGGUGCAUCCUUUGUGAAAGUGAGCAUGGAUGGUGCCCCAUACCUAAGGAAGGUCGAUCUCAGAACUUACUCUGCCUACCAGGGACUCUCAUCUGCUCUUGAGAAAAUGUUCAGCUGCUUUACGAUAGGCCAGUAUGGUUCCCAUGGAGUUUCUGGGGGUGAGAUGAUGAGUGAGAGCAAAUUGAAGGACUUGCUAAAUGGAUCUGAAUAUGUUCUAACUUACGAGGAUAAAGAUGGCGACUGGAUGCUUGUUGGCGAUGUUCCUUGGGAGAUGUUUAUUGACACGUGUAAGAGGCUGAGGAUCAUGAAGAGUUCGGAUGCAAUUGGGCUAGCUCCAAGAGCUGUCCAAAAAAAUCAAAGCAAGAAAUAAUGCUCGACAUGAAAUGGUCCGUUCCAGUCCAGCAUUAUGUGGCGACAUUGUAACUCGCUGUAGGCUUCUUGCCAAGGUGCGGUAAGUCGUAUAUUUAUUGUUGGUUUUUGGAUAGCGGAUCGUUGGCAGGUGCUAUGUCUGGUUGUUAUAUUGCAUUGCUACAAAAUUUAUUGUGAAGCUUGUAAUGUGAUACUCUACUUAUUGUGUGGUGUAGAGUGUGGAUGCUGUUUUGUGUAUUUACUUAUCAAAUACUACUAUUAGUUUGUAAAGUGCAUUUCUUAUCGAACUUGAUUAUGUGUGCUAUUUAAAGACUGCGUUUGCUGCUGUUA